AUGGCUUGGGGAUCUUCUUCAAAAGCCCCUCCACCACCCCGCUCUGCUUUAAGCAAGCUUCUUCCUCUCCUCAUCUUCCUCAUCGUCGUCGGCGCAUUUGCAUUCGUCGGCUACCAAGUCUACCUCGUCACGCAACAAGUCUCAAAAUCCGCCUCGGACAAAAUGGCAUCCAAGAAUGUUUCCUUCACCAAAGACGGCGUCAAAGUCGGAGUGAAAGAGUUGAAAAAUGAAAGUUAUGUGGAUAAAACCCAAGGUUUCUUGGUCAAGGCUUGGAAUUUAAGUACAUGGCCUGCGUAUCAAUCGAGAUUGGCCUGGAAUAGUCCUAAGGAUGAUGGAAACGAUGGGAAAGUAGAAUCUAGGAAACCAUAUUCUCGCUCCUCAUCCAGCAGAUAA